UGUGAGAGAGAGAGAGAGAGAGAGAGAGAGAGAGGUGUAUAUAUGAAUAUAUGCACACACAAAAUAAGCAUGAGGACAUUUUAUGGCCCAGGUGCUGAUAUCUCUGUAUCGUAGUUUAACUUUGGACCAGUCACGUGGUUCGACUCAGCCUGAGCGCACAUCAUGAAGUUUGUAAAGCUUUUUGGACGCUUAAAGUCAAACAUCAUUGGAAUGAUCCAUGUUGGAGCUUUACCAGGUACGCCAUUACACAAAUCUGCAGUUCCUGAGCUCAUCGAUGAGGCAUGUAGAGAAGCAGAGCUUUAUCACCAAGAGGGAGUAGACGGGUUGCUGAUUGAGAACAUGCAUGAUGUUCCAUAUGUCUGUGAGUCAGGGCCGGAGGUGUGCGCGGUGAUGACUGCUGUCUGCUCUGCAGUGAAGAAACUUCGACCGGCGUUUCCUGUUGGUGUGCAGGUUCUAGCAGCCAAUAAUCAUACAGCACUGGCCAUUGCCCUAGCCUCCAGGCUGGACUUUAUCCGAGCAGAGGGUUUUGUGUUUUCUCACGUGGCUGAUGAAGGCCUGAUGAAUGCAUGUGCCGGUGAACUGCUUCGAUAUCGCAAACACAUCGGAGCAGAACACGUUCAGAUAUUUACUGACAUAAAGAAGAAACACAGUGCUCAUGCGCUUACAGCUGAUGUGUGCAUUGCUGAGACAGCGAGGGCAGCUGAGUUUUUCCUCUCUGAUGGAGUGGUGAUCACUGGACCUUCAACUGGUGUUCAUACAAAUCCACAGGAACUGAAUGAUGUAAUGCAAUCAGUCCAAAUCCCGGUUCUGAUCGGUUCUGGAGUGACUCACAAUAACGUGGAAGAUUAUCUGCAGGCAAAUGCACUGAUCAUCGGCUCACAUUUUAAAAUCGGCGGGCGCUGGGAAAACAGUGUUGAUCCUGACAGAGUGAAGAGAUUUAUGGAGAAAAUCCACAAACUUCGCAACUGACAAAAAAAAUAAAAAAAUAAAUGUAUAUUUAAAAUAUAACAGCUUAUAAUUUAUACAUGAAGAAAGACUUGUUUAAUAGUAGUUUAAUGUUUAAUAUUAAAUCUAUUAUCUAUUAUAAUCUAUUAUAAUCUAAAU